UGAUGAUAUUUUCUGUAUUUUGUAAAGUUCAAUAUGUUCAUAUAAGGCUAUAUAUAUAUAGUUGUAUCAUUACACAUUAAUGAUUGUAAAACAACGAUGGGUAAGGAAGAAACGAUGGUGUUUGCUUGUCUCAUCAUUUUUGAUGUUGAUUGUUAUGUUUUUUUGCAUAUUUCUGAAUGAUUUUGUGAUGGCUGGAUGGUUUCACUAUCCAUUUCCUGAGAAGUGUGUUUUAUCAACAGCUACAAAUCUUUUAAAUGAUCAGUGCAAUAAUUUCACCAAAGGUUUUGCAUUUGGUCUUUUGUGUGAAGCUCUGUGUUUAAGUAAAAAAAUAACAAUAAAAACUUGCAUACAUCAUGGAAAUACAUAUGUUUUUAUGGCAAAACAUAAUGGAAAUAAUAUUAUUAUUAAAAAAAAGAAACCACGCGAUGUUCGAUAUUUGUACAACUAUUUUACUGACUUUAUCAGAGUUAAUCAAAAUACCUCCAGUGUAGAAAAAACAUUUUUCAAAAUUAUUCUAGAAGAAAUACAAUCUUCUUUUGGCACAGUUUCAUCAAAAUUGCUUGCAAGUGAUUUUGAUUUUUUUCUUAACACACUUUUUGGUAAAAUCAGUCUUUCUCUAAAGGAAAUGCAAUCAGCGAUAUUGUCGAUUGCUCAAUCAGAAUUAGUUAUGUUUGCACUUCAUCGUAAUCUGAAAUCUUUUCCAAAAAUAUUAGGUACUUGUGGCGAGUUUUAUGCUGUAGAUUCAUUUCAAACAUACAGUGAAAUUUAUCCUAGGCUUCUAAAAGACAUGUCCUGGCUUAAAAGAGCAAAGAUAGCUUCCAGUUUUCUUAAUUUAAUCCAAGAUUUCCAAAAUAGUCAAGUAGGAUUGUUGUCACACUGUGAUAUUCAAGAAAACAAUUUUGGAUUGACAAGGUAUUUGAAUGUGAAAGCAAUUGAUGUUGAUUUAGUAUUUUCAAAAGACAAAAUUGAAGAAAUACUGACUCAACCUUCGUGUCAAUCUGAUUAUGAAUGCAAUUUUUUUGACUGUCAAUCAGAAUGCGAUACUAAAAAUGGUCGUUGUACUACGAAAUCUGUUACAAACAACUUGCAGGUUUUAUGUCGAGAUAUACUUUAUCCAAAAUGGCCAUUUGUUGGACUUUUAAGUAGCAAAAUUCCGAUCAAAAUAAGGACUCAACUUAAACAGAUACUUACGCACUGUCGCUCAGAAAGCUUUGGGAAAUUCAGUAAUACCCAUUUACAAGUAAAUAAGACUUUAAAGGAAUUAGCCUUUUUAUUAAGUAUCUCUUUUUCUUAAAUAAAAAGUUAUCAUUAAAGUUAUUAUAAAUUAAUGUAUUAUAAAUUUGUAUAGAGAAUAUAUAUAUAUAUAUAUAUAUAUAUAUAUAUAUAUAUAUAUAUAUAUAUAUAUAUAUAUAUAUAUAAUGUUGGGUAGUUUUUUUAUAUAUUUUUAUAUAUGUAUUUUUCUUGGCUUAUAUCAAAUUAACAUAACAGGUAAAAUAAAUUGA